UGCAACCAAAACAGCUGUUAGACAUAGCAACAGGGAUAUUCUGGCAGGGUGUCUGUCUAGCAUUAGUUCUGAAUACGGUUGUGGUUUUGAUCACUAAAAUGGCUGUGACUUUUGGACUCUCUUUGAGUGUUUCUUGGCUUUGUUGCCUGCUAAUUGGAGGGAUGAUGUGUUUUCCACUUCAAGGUGAAGCUUAUGGGCAUCCUGCCUACACUGGACCUGAACCAACUGCAAGUGUGGUGUCUGUUCCAAAUGCUAAAGCUACUGGCACCAAUACUCUGGCAAGUCUGACGCCGGGUCCAAAUGCGACAGCUGAAGCAACUGCCAACCAUGCCUUGUCAGAAGUGGCCGUCCCCCGCGCCUCAGCUGAAGCAACUGCCAACCAUACCUCAGCAGAAGCGGCUGUCCCCUGCACCUCAGCUGAAGCAACUGCCAACCAUACCUCUGCAGAAGCGGCCGCCGGCCCCCGAGCGUCUGCCGAAGCGGCCCGUGCCUCAGCUGAAGCAACUGCCAACCAUGCCUCAAUAGAAGCGGCCCGUGCCUCAGCUGAAGCAACUGCCAACCAUGCCUCAAUAGAAGCGGCCCGCGCCUCAGCUGAAGCAACUGCCAACCAUGCCUCAGCAGAAGCGGCUGGCCCCCACGCCUCGGCUGAAGCAACUGCCAACCAUACCUCUGCAGAAGCGGCCGCCGGCCCCCGAGCCUCUGCGGAAGCGGCCCGCGCCUCAGCUGAAGCAACUGCCAACCAUACCUCUGCAGAAGCGGCUGGCCCCCACGCCUCGGCUGAAGCAACUGCCAACCAAGAAGCGGCCCGCACCUCAGCUGAAGCAACUGCCAACCAUACCUCUGCAGAAGCGGCUGGCCCCCACGCCUCGGCUGAAGCAACUGCCAACCAUACCUCUGCAGAAGCGGCUGGCCCCCGCGCCUCAGCUGGAGCAACUGCCAACCAAGAAGCGGCCCGCGCCUCAGCUGAAGCAACUGCCAACCAUACCUCAGCAGAAGCGGCCGCCGGCCCCCGAGCCUCUGCGGAAGCGGCCCGCGCCUCAGCUGAAGCAACUGCCAACCAUACCUCAGCAGAAGCGGCUGGCCCCCGCGCCUCAGCUGAAGCAACUGCCAACCAUACCUCUGCGCCUCAGCAGAACAGACGGCCCGACCACUCAACAAGCUAGAUAGGGAGAUCAUAAUUUGGUUUGCCCAACUCCUUAAUCGUCUUUCCCC